GAAAUCAAACCAAUACACCAUGAUCCUAGGUACUGGUCUGACCUCAAUAAGAUGAAACCGAUGCACCAUGAUCCCAGGUACUGGUCUGACCCUAAUGAGAUGAAGCCAAUGCACCACGAUCCAAGGUACUGGUCCGACCCCAAUGAGAGGAAGCCAAUUAACCAUGAUCCAAGGUACUGGUCCGACGGCAAGAUCAAACCGAUGCACCAUGAUCCAAGAUACUGGUCUGACCCCAAGGAAAUCAAACCAACGCACCAUGAUCCAAGAUACUGGUCUGAGCCCGAGGAAAUCAAACCAAUACACCAUGAUCCUAGGUACUGGUCUGACCUCAAUAAGAUGAAACCGAUGCACCAUGAUCCCAGGUACUGGUCUGACCCUAAUGAGAUGAAGCCAAUGCACCACGAUCCAAGGUACUGGUCCGACCCCAAUGAGAGGAAGCCAAUUAACCAUGAUCCAAGGUACUGGUCCGACGGCGAGAUCAAACCGAUGCACCAUGAUCCAAGAUACUGGUCUGACCCCAAGGAAAUCAAACCAACGCACCAUGAUCCAAGAUACUGGUCUGAGCUGGAGGAAAUAAAACCAAUACACCGUGAUCCUAGGUACUGGUCUGACCCCAAUGAGAUGAAGCCGAUGCACCAUGAUCCUAGGUACUGGUCUGACCCCAAUGAGAUGAAGCCAAUGCAUCAUGAUCCAAGGUACUGGUCCGACCCCAAUGAGAUGAAGCCAAUGCACCAUGAUCCAAGGUACUGGUCCGACGGCGAGAUCAAACCAAUGCACCAUGAUCCAAGGUACUGGUCCGACCCUGAGAGAAUAAAGACAACGCUCCAUGAUCCAAGGUACUGGUCCGACCCCGAGGAAAUAAAACCAAAACUCUAUGAUCCAAGGUACUGGGCCGGCCCCGAGGAUAUUAAAACGACGCACCAUGAUCUAGGGUGCAGUCCGGAAAACAAGUCAACAUCCGAACCAAUAGCGGCCGUCCCUCUCGGUGUCGAUCCUCAGAAGUUCCAAGCGUACGUGUUAGCCGCGAUAAAGCUCGCGUUUGCUAUUGCCAUGUCCGUAGCCAAGGUCAAGCUGCCUAUCUGCGAAAAACUGGAAAAGUGCUCCAUCAAGUACGACGCUCCAAUGAUUCUUGCAGUUCCCUAAUAAGGACGAAGAAGGCAUGAAGACUUCGCCGUCGACUCUAAGCUAACAGAGAGCCUCGAAAUAUCACAAAAACAAAUUCUUCUCGAAUGUAUCUGUGUCGAUUUGACGGUAUGAUGAAAACAAAAUUUCAAUGUCUUAGUACCGUUUUUUUUUUUUUACAUAUGUGUUCGGUAAUCCAGUAAAAAUCUAGAAAAAUGGAAGGAUACAAUAGAAGCGAAAACUGAAACGUUCUUAUAAUACAAGUAUUCAUGUGCUAACUGUAGUCAGGAUCAUGUAUUAUGUAGCAAAACUGGAAUCCCCGAGUAUUAUGUUGUUGUUUUUAAUUAUAAAUGUUGGCGCUACUGUGCCGGUCUUUGUUGUGUUUGUGUACCUUUAGGUAUUAUCAACAAAACAAAAAAAAACUUUUAAAGAGGCUCAGCUUUGUCAAUCUUUCCGUUAUUUUAACUAAAUACCCACCCAGUAUUAGAACCCGAUCAACUGAGAACCUCGCAUUUAUAGCCUGUGUAGGAAAUUUACAUCUGCAGAUUAGGCCUUUAAGGGCUAAAAAAAAUGCUUGGACACAGGAACGUCGAACACAUUUAUAUCUAUAUUUUCGUCGGCCGCCUGUCAUAUCGCGGUAAUAAUCACUGUCUUGCAGAAGCAUCCAACUUGUAUCAUAGGACUCUGCCUUUACGAGGCAACUAGAGUUCAUCUCUUCAAAAAAUUACGGAUCGUUAAGAUUGCUUUUUUGAGCCGGUACAAGGCCGAUGUACCAUUUGUUUCACUUUAUGCGCGAGCGAAGCCGAAGUUAGAGGAAAGCUGAAGAGAUUAUUGGGAAAAACGAGUUCGAGGUGAAUUUCAGCGUAUUUUUGUCCUGUAAAUUUGAAUAGCACAAGUAGUUGACCCGAACGUGACGUCAAAUCCAGAGGUUUCAACCUUUCAAUAGCCCUGCGCGUUCACCUUGUGAGGAAACGCUUGCAGCAUUUUUGACUGCUCGGGUGAGGCUUGCGGAAGGCACGGGAAUAUUGACAUAUCUAGCUGUGUAAUACGCCCCGAUUCCCUGCUUGCACUGACCAUGCCGGGAAGGAGGGGCUUCAGCGCUAUUUUUAAAGCGCUGUUGUGGGUACUUGGUGCAUCAAUCUGAAAUAUAUAUUUUAAAUUCGUAAUCCUGAAGGCUAAAUGAAGAAGAUUUCAGUACAUACCGCUUCAGUUUCCCUUUAAGGGUCCCAUCCAUAUUUCCCUGAAAGAUUCUUGCACAGCGCGAGUACGCUGUCUAGUCAGGGGCGCUGAAAGCUUGGAUGUCGUUCUUGUAGCUUUUGCCACGCUGAGUACUCAAACAAAACGGAGUAUAGUCGACGUAAUUAUGAACAUAAAUAGCCCAUUCUUCAUAUCUUACGAAACUGAUCGCAAUAGAAAGACGAUUGAUUCGGCAAUCUUGAAAUGUCAGCGGUCAUUGGUUAAAUGGUAAAUGUCAAAUUGAUCAUAUCAAAUAGAAAAUGAAUGUUUUACCUUCAGCAAUAAACUGUUUAUUAGCAACGUCACGAUUAAAAAAUAUCUUUCUGGCACUUGGGUGAGCUGUGUUCGAUUAGCGAAUUCCAAUUGUUUUUCUGAGAUUACAUCGUCGUAGUAUGAAGGGUUCUUUUCUUCAUUUUUAGAGCUUUGUGUGUGUAAGCGAGAUACUUCCGCAUAUCAAUCAACUUUAUUUACUUGUCUUAGUCUCGAAUGAAUUCCACCCAACCUUGUGCGAAUAAUCAAGAUAUUAUUAUUAUGUUAUUUGCUCUCAUGUAUUUUACGACAAAUAAAGAGCAACCUUGUA